AAAGAAAGAGCUCGCGUGUGAUGUGUUUGUGUCCUCAGUGUUUUCUCUCUUGCGUGUUUCAUUGAGUGUAAACAGAUUUAUUUAUUUAUUUGAGUGUUUAGAAGUUGAUGAUGAGAUGUGCUGUAAAUGAGUAUGAACUGAUCUGUCCAUGCUGGAUAUAUUGAUGAUUUCAUCACAGAAAUCUCUCAGCUGAAGAAAGAGGUGGCGUUACUGAAGACAAAGCUGAGGUCACGAGGAGAUUUAGCAAUGAAACGAGAGGAUGUGGAUCGUUAUGAAUCUUCAGUGUAUAACGUGACUGAUGAUGGGAGUCUGGAUUCAGUGUGGAUGAGCAUAGAUCAGAGCCGCAAACCACAGCCACUGCUGGACUCUAAACUCUCUGAAGAGGAAUCCAGACACACACAGGACUCAGAGCUCAGUCUGACUUUACUCUGUUAUACUGAGUCAAAGCCCACAGACACUCAGGACACUACAGUGUGUGACAAGCAACGGAGCUUACAAGAGGAUCAAACCUCCACAGAGUCUCUGGAUUCUGUCUGUAAAGCUGGAGAACAGCAGCAGAUCCUGCAGACCACACUGAAGAUGUGUUCAGUCAAACUCAUCGACUGCAAGAACCUUAUGAUGAAGAUUAAAACUGAACCUACAGAAAUAAAAACUGAACCCGCAGAAAUAAAAAUUGAAACCACAGAAAUAAAAACUGAAACCAUAGAAGAGGAAGAUUGCACUGAGGAAGAUGAUGAUUUUAUUCCAUUAGAUGUGAAGAGUGAUUCAUGUUUGGAUAUAGAAAUAACAUCAUCAACAUCAAAAGAGCGACUGACAGCACAAACUCUUUCCUGCAUUACCUGUGGAAAGACAUUCAGAUCACAAAGACAAUUAAAGAGACAUGAGAGAAAACACACAGAACAGAAACUCUUCACCAGAUCUGAGAUCAGCUUUACUACCUUACAAGAGAAGAAACUUAAUUCAGAAAAGCACAGAGAGAAAAAAAACCAGCUUCACUGUGAGAAGAGAGAUAGCUGUAAACGUGGUCUGAAGAGACAUGUGCCUUCACACACCAAUGAGAGACCGUAUCAGUGCAGUGAAUGUGACAAAACCUUUAAGGAUUCAGGAUCAUUCAAAUCACACCAGAAUAUUCACUCUAAAGAGAAACUCUAUCAGUGUUCACACUGUGGUAAAUUUUAUGGUCGUAAAUCUCAGCUGAAAGUCCAUGAGAGACUUCACACUGGAGAGAAACCUUAUCACUGUAGUGUCUGUGGGAAGAGUUUUAGUCAACAGUCACACUUAAUAAAUCACCAGAGAAUUCAUACAGGUGAAAAACCUUACAAAUGCUCUCAGUGUGGCAAAACAUUUGCUCUGUCAUUUUACUUAGAAGUCCAUGAGAGAGUUCACACUGGAGAGAAACCUUAUCACUGUAGUGUCUGUGGGAAGAGUUUUAGUCAACGGUCAAACUUACUUAAGCACCAGAGAAUUCAUACAGGGGAAAAACCUUUCAAAUGCUCUCAGUGUGACAUGAAAUUUUCUCAGUCAGGUCCCUUAAAAUCCCAUCAGAGAAUUCACACUGGAGAGAAACCUUAUAACUGUAGUGUCUGUGGGAAGAGUUUUAGUCAACGGUCAAACUUACUUCAGCACCAGAGAAUUCAUACAGGUGAAAAACCUUUCAAAUGCUCUCAGUGUGACAUGACAUUUAAUUAUUCAUAUUACUUGAAAGUCCAUGAGAGAAUUCACACUGGAGAGAAACCUGACGUCUGCUCUCAAUGUGGAAAGGGCUUCACUGAUUCAUCUCAAUUAAGAGUUCAUCUAAGAGUUCACACUGGAGAGAAACCUUAUAACUGUAGUGUCUGUGGGAGGAGUUUUAGUCAACGGUCAAACUUACUUAAGCACAAAUGCUCUGUGGGAUGAGAUGUUUGCUCAGUCAGGUUCUUUAAAAUCCCAUCAGAGACUUCAUACGGGAAAGAAACCUUAAAGGAAUACUUUAGAUAAUUUACCUCCAUGUCAUCCAAAAUGUUGAUGUCUUUCUUUGUUCAGUCGAGAAGAAAUUAAGUUUUUUGAGAAAAACAUUGCAGGAUUUUUCUAAUUUUAAUAGACUUUAUUGGACCCCAACACUUUACAGUUUCAGCGCAGUUCCAAAGCGCUCUAAACGAUGCCAAACAAGCAAUAAGGGCAGGGCUCCAAAUUGACAUUUUAGAGGGGUGGUACUGGCACCACCCAAGUUGUACAGCUGGUGGCGCUGGGCCUCAUUGUGGUGGCACCAAAACAAAAAAACAAACACUAAAACAAAGUCCAAAAAUGUUUAAUGCAUUAAUAAAUUCUAGGGCUGUCAAAAAAAUGAUUAAUCACAUACAAAAUAAAAGUUUGUGUUUACAUAAUAUAUUUGUGUGUAUUGUGUGUAAUUAUGAUGUAUAUAUACAGUGAGGAAAAUUAGUAUAUGAACACCCUGCUAUUUUGCAAGUUCUUCCACUUAGAAAUCAUGGAAGGGUCUGAAAUUGUCAUCGUAGGUGCAUGUCCACUGUGGGAGACAUAAUCUAAAAUAAAAAGUUCUAUUUUGGUCUCAUCUGACCACAUGACUUUCUCUCAUGACUCCUCUGGAUCAUCCAAAUGGUCAUUGGCAAACUUAAGACGGGCCUGGACAUGUGCUGGUUUAAGCAGGGGAACCUUCCAUGCCAUGCAUGAUUUCAAACCAUGACGUCUUAGUGUAUUACCAACAGUAACCUUGGAAACGGUGGUCCCAGCUUUUUUCAGGUCAUUGACCAGCUCCUCCCGUGUAGAUCUCUUCUGAUUUCUCACCUUUCUUAGGAUCAUUGAGACCCCACGAGGUGACAUCUUGCAUGGACUGCCAGUCCGAGGGAGAUUGACAGUCAUGUUUAGCUUCUUCCAUUUUCUAAUUAUUGCUCCAACAGUUACUCCAACCGUUUUUUACCAAGCUGCUUGGCAAUUUCCCUUUAGCCCUUUCCAGCCUUGUGGAGGUGUACAAUUUUGUCUCUAAUGUCUUUGGACAGCUCUUUGGUCUUGGCCAUGUAAGUAGUUGGAUUCUUACUGAUUGUAUGGGGUGAACAGGUGUCUUUAUACAGCUAACGACCUCAAACAGGUGCAUCUAAUUUAGGAUAAUAAAUGGAGUGGGGUGGACAUUUUAAAGGCAGACUAAGGCUAUGUUUACACGUGGAAGGAGGAAGGAGUUGUUGCAGUAGGUGAUCGAUGACGUCAAAGUACCGCAAGAGCGAGGAAUCACACGUAGAGGUCUAAUUUCGAAUCACUCUCGCGGUACUUUGACAUCAUCCGUCUGUCAGUUCCUGCAGCGCAGCAUGAAGUCCAACACGCAUAAAAUUGCUGACCUCCGAGCACUCGUCUCUGCUCCUCGACAUAAUGGAGCAGCUGUAUUUGCAAAUACAAACACACGAAAUGAGUUUGCACGAAUAUAAAUGUGAUCAUGGUAGCGUUCAGAGUAGCAGUCACACGUAAACAUAGGUCGCACUUUUGACGUGCGAGCUCUGGCGCAUACUCUGUGACGUUGCCUGCUUAAACAUCUGUUUGUCUCAGUUUACAUGCAACUGUGCAAUUGAAGAUUUUCAAGAUCUCCACUCUGGCCGGAGUUUUUAGAAACAAUCGGUUUCAGAGGCGAGUUCUCCGUUUGCGUGUAAACGAGGGGCACAAACGAAGGUAAAUCUCUCAGUUUUUAAAAAUAACCAUGUAUGUGUAAACAGGGCCUAACAGGUCUUUGAGGGUCAGAAUUCUAGCUGAUAGACAGGUGUUCAAAUACUCAUUCGCAGCUGUAUCAUACAAGUUAAUAGUUAAAAAACAUAUAUUGUGAUUUCUGGAUUUUUUAUUAAAUG